ACCGUUCGAAAACAGUUUACUGUAAACUUGCUUGAGCCGUUAUGGGUUAUGGGUGUUUUGCUCUCAUGACUUUCUGAGAGUUUUCUCGAUCGAAUUACUUUGUUCUCUCUUGCAUUUUGUUGUUGUUGUAUUGUGACAGAAUUAUCUCGCAAGAAGUUAAAAUGAACAGUCGACGAAGACAUGCCAACGAUUUCACGGAUUCCUUAAAUAGUUUCCGGCAAACAAGUGAGGAGUCGAUUCAGUAUCCUGAAGUAUCCUCAGGAGGCAGAGAUGAAUUUCUUUAUUCUGUAAGAAAUGAGCAAGGUGGAGACGAUAAGUACGGCCGUAUGAAAAAUGACGAAUCUUGUGUCAGUUCCAUUAUUCUAGCAGGUAGUCUCAAUCAGCCAUGUACUUCGUCAUCCGACUCGUGCAAUGCCGCUGAGAAAAACUAUUAUAUGUACAAAAUCAGGCAGCUUUUGUUAAAGAACACUUUGAGUCCACGAUCGGAUGAGACGUCGUAUAUGUCACUGAAACCUGACUUGAACAAACGUAUAAAUCUGUUUCAUAAUGAAUAUCUGAAUAACGAAUAUAACAGUCGUGAAGAACAGUUAAAUACCACACUGUCUGAGAUUACAGUCGGCGAGGACAUCAAUUCCAGCCAUUUAAAUAAAACUGUACGACCGUGGUAUCUCCAUCGUCCACGCUCUUUGUCGGCGAAUUCGUUGAGGAACAAAAUUUUGGUCAAUCAAGGGCUUAGAAGAUCCAAAAGCUACACUGUGCUCGAUAGAGCUUCGAAGAGGGAUACAAAUUACAAUGUUAAGGAUGACCAGCUUUCUUUCCCAGCCAGGAUCGCAAUGGAAAUGAGUCGGAACGAGACAGUUGAAGCAGAGAUCGUUCCUUCGUUCGAUACGUUAUCGUUGUCGAAACCUCCUGAUUUAUCAAACAGAAAAGAUGAUUCUAUGAGAGGGGAUCAGUGCGAUUCAGUGACCAGUGAAAUGAGUUCCAGAGACGAAAUUAAUCCUUCCGAGUUGAGAAGAAUCCUACACCUGUUGGCGGAUCAAAAGCCAUCGAUCCAAGAGGCGCCUAUGCCACAACGUUUGCUGAGACGUAUGUCCGUAAAUUACUACGACGCACCCAAGAACUUUACGGAAGGAUUGCUAACGAUAAUCGAAGAGUCAGUCAUGACUAACGAUUUCUGCGCACCCACGAAAUAUCCGGAAGUCAGUUUAUGCAGAUUCAACGAAGAGCUUCGGAAAAUGUGUAAAUUUAUCGAGGACGAGACUGUUCCCGAGUGGCCUCAGUCCCCCAGCGUCUUGACGUCGACAAGGAGACAAAGCCAGGAGCCUAACUCUAACCUCUUGCGAAGAUCUCUUGAUGCUUUUGUAACUCCCGAUAAAGGUCUGUAUUUAACCACGUCCGCGUCGCCCCGACGUAAUAAUAAAACCCCCAAGAAAAUGUUUCGGCGUAUGUCAAAAAACGCUUCCUACAUCGCGAAAGAUUUGCACGACAGCACGAAUACCUUCGAAAACUUGGAAGCGAUGUGCAAGCAAUUAUAUCCUGAUGAUUACCGUAGUUUCUCGGCGAGGGAGAGGAGCCAAUUGGACUCUCCCUUGCGAAACAUGGAUAAAAUUUGGCGUACGUGUGAGAGUCAAAUGGCCUCGCUGGAGGAUUCGCCCAACAUUCACGAGCAGCUGAAGAAACUGGAACCGUGUACUGCGAACUCGGCGUAUCAGCACGAUAAAACACCCGAGGCGCAGCAUCCGCAGUACAGAUUGUUGUCAAAUGAAAAGAACAACGAAACGAAUUCGAAGAGGGUAUCUGAUAUGCGUAAGCAGCGAACGGAACGUGGUAAGCGAGAAACGAUGGAGCUGGACGACCUCGAGAACACGCUCCUGUACGAGAUCGCGAAGAAAAGGCAGAGGUGCCUCGACACGGCACAGGUAAUUAUGGAGAUUAACGGAGAUCUGAAUUCGACGGAGGCGCAAGAAACGUAUCCGAAUAUCGUGGUCAGUCAGUCCUCGCCGACCAAGAACGACGUUGAAUUCAUGAAAACUCUAAUGUGCGUGAAGAAGUAUCAGGAUUACCUGGAGAAGAGCAAACCUUUGAUCAAUUUACUUUAUCAAGCGAGAUUGAGUAAUCCUCGUGCUUCUCGCGACGGAAGAGCUGCCCGAGCCAAGGGGAUGUCCAACGAAAAUCUCGAUGCUUGCGCGCCGUCAGUUUUAUCGGGGAACAGGCCAACAUUACGGGCACCGAGGCUCUCGCCGAGAAAGAAGAGUACGAGUCCGUCGUCGGCGAAAAAGCUCUCCACUAAUAAAACGGCUGGUUCGAAACUAUUUGUGACCCCCGGGAAGUCUGUUAACAAGAGUUGCAAGCCGAAGCGCACGUACUUUCCCAACAUGCUGCCGGGAACGAAGAAGCAAGACAAGCCUAACGUCAGUCCGCAUGCGAAGAGAAUUUAUGGACAAAUAGGAAAUUACGAUCACAUAACAUCGCCGGUCGGGAAGUACAUAAAGGGCGAAGAGACCCAUCUGAUAAAGAGGCCUAAAACGAUUGGAACGCUGUUAACACCUAAAAGAAAGCAGACUACGCAUUCACCCAGUCCGAGAAUGAAGUUUCGACUGUCUCCGAAAGAGAAGCCGACUGGGACAACAGUAGCGGACGAAAACGUUGCUGAUAACUUUUCGCAACCAAAAGUGCAUUGCAACAUCCCGUCGCAUGUAUGCACGGUAAACGAAACAAAAGAUCCAACAGUGGGAAAUCACGUAAACGUAUUACUGCGCUCGACACAAGGUAAAAUCGUGAUUCGAUACGAAGGAUGUAAAUCAGACCACUUGAAGUAACCCGAAAUUCAUUACGAUUCCACUGAAGAGUCCAUAUUGAUUAAAUAACGCGCAAAACAUUAUGAAUAAAAGAGUUAGUCGGUACUUUUAUAUGUUUAAUAUGAUAUCUAACUUGUUAACUGAAGAUAUAAUACAAAGAAUGAAAUUUAUAUGCACGU